AUGGCCUUCCUCUGGCUGCUCUCCUGCACCAUCCUCAUCGGGGUCGGGGCCGCCUUUGGCUGUGGGGUCCCGGCCAUUCCCCCAGUUGUGGGUGGCAUACAGAGGAUCGUCAAUGGGAAAGUCGCUGUCCCUGGCUCCUGGCCCUGGCAGGUGGCUCUGCAGGACCACACAGGCUUCCACAUAUGUGGGGGCUCCCUGAUCAACGAGUCCUGGGUGGUCACUGCCGCCCACUGUAGAGUCCGCACAUAUCACACAGUUGUUGCUGGAAUAUUUAACUUGAAAACAAAGAGGAAAAAGAAUGUCCAGGAGCUGAGGAUUGCUCAGGUGUUUGAUCACCCCAGUUUUGACAUGUAUGCCAUCAAUAAUGACAUCGCCCUGCUGAAGCUGGCCACGCCCGCCCGCUUCUCCAAGGUCGUGUCCCCCGUGUGCCUGCCCAGGGCUCAGGACAACUUCCCUGCCGGGUCCCUGUGUGUCACCACGGGCUGGGGAAGGAAUGAUUACUACGCCUCCAACAAGCUGCAGCAGGCCACCCUGCCCCUCCUGUCCAACGCUGAGUGCAUGAAGUCCUGGGGCGCUGACGUCACUGAUGUCAUGGUCUGUGCAGGGGGCAAUGGCAUUGCAGCCUGCAAGGGUGACUCUGGCGGCCCCCUGGUCUGCCAGAAGGACAGAGCCUGGACCCUGGUGGGCGUCAUGUCCUGGGGAAAUGAGACCUGCUCCGCCACCAUGCCCAGUGUGUCUGCCCGUGUCACCAAGUUCAUGCCCUGGAUUGAGGAGACCAUGGCCAACAACUGA